AUGGUGGUGAAGAGGUUUAUAACUUCAGCAUCACAUGGUCUCUGCAAAUCCCACCACCUCAAGAAUUUACUCUCUGAUCGUUUUACAAUCUCCUCCGAUUCACAUCUUUAUAGAACCAGUUUGGUUGAUGUGAUGUUCAAGGCUUUUGGUCAGAGACCAGUUUAUAACGUUAAAGGGCAUCUUGUUCCUUCGGUGGGUCAUUUAUGGAUUCACGCAUGCCCAUCUCUAAACAAUGUUGACAAACUUGUGGAGCCAACAGACAACUCUGAGAAAACCGCAGCGGUCUUUAGUGGUAGUGAUAUAAGAGUGAAGAGACCAAAGCUCAAAGGAAAACGAGCGGUUGUGAGGUGGUUAAAGUUCUUCAGGUGGAAGAAGAAGAAAGAGUAUGAGAGGAUGACAGCCGAAGAACAAAUUUUAUACAAGUUGAGAACGGCUCAAAGGAAAGAAGAAAGGCUUGUUCAAGCUUUGAAAAAGAUUGAACCGAAAGAAUCAUCAGACGCAACUCAUGAUCCAGAGAUAUUGACUCCAGAAGAGCACUUCUUCUUUUUAAAGAUGGGCAUUAAGUGCAAGAAUUAUGUGCCUGUCGGUAGACGAGGAAUAUACCAGGGUGUGAUUCUUAACAUGCACUUGCACUGGAAGAAACAUCAGACUUUGAAAGUGGUGGUAAAGACAUUCACGCCAGAGGAAGUCAAGGAGAUGGCUGUUGAACUGGCACAAUUGACUGGAGGGAUUGUGCUAGAUAUUCAGGAGGAGAACACAAUAAUCAUGUACAGAGGGAAGAACUAUUCCCAACCACCAACAGAGAUCAUGUCACCCAGGGUCACUCUCUCCAGAAAAAAGGCUUUGGAUAAGUCAAAAUGCAGGGAUGGUCUAAGGGCUCUCAGGAGGUACAUACCAAGACUCCAGCAGGACCUUGAGUUACUUCAAGCACGGGCUGAAGGAAAAGUUGGAAAUAGAACUGAAGCUGCCAAAAACUCCCCUGAGUCUGACAUUGAUGGUGCAGAAUCUAGGAGCAUUUCAAGCAGGCAAUUGGAGAAUUCAGAAAAGCUGAAAGAAAUCAUUGGUAGGCAAGAGGAGCGUUCUGAGGAUGGUCCUGAUACGGACUUAGGAAUUGCAUCAGACUCUGAAGAUCUAUCAGACAUUUUUGAGACUGACUCUGACACAGACACAGAGGAGACAGCAAAACGUCCUCUUUAUUUGGAAGAGUUUGAAAAGUUCUCAGUUGAAUCUGAUGGAGAGCCUGAAGAUUUUGAGGAGCACCUGCGCAAAAUAUCUCUAUGCUCGAAAAAGGCACGAACAUCAGGGAAAGAUGUGGAUAUACCUACAGGGGAAGAUGUCAAUUCACCUUCCUUUGAUGAGGUUGAUCGCAUGUUUCUCCGUGCUGCUUCUCUUUUAAAGAAAAAGAAGAGGUAG